AUGCCAAGCAUCGCUCAGGCGGGCGAAGCAGUGAGACUCUGUGUGACCAGGCGACCCGCAAGGCUGACCGGUCCGGACACCCGGACACAUGCGGACGGCCCUGGAGCUGCAUCUGGCCACGCCAGGAGCAGCAAUAGAAGCAGUAGCAGCAGUACGGGUAGGGACGUGCUCACCAGUGGUGGGAAGGGCAGGCGCACGACGGAGGCGACUGCUAGGCCGCUACAGCGGCAGGGCGGGGCCAGGGGCGGCUGCUGCAGUGGCGGCUGCUCCAGGGGCGGCUGCUCCAGGGGCCAGGGGCGGCUGCUGCAGUGGCGGCUGCUCCAGGGGCCAGGGGCGGCUGCUGCAGUGGUGGCUGCUCCAGGGGCCAGGGGCGGCUGCUGCAGGGACGGCUGCUCCAGGGACCAGGCGCAGAGUAGGGGCGACGCGGCGGGCAGGGCGGGCGCGGGGUACUACAGGGCGACGCGGCAGGCAGGGGCGAAGUCGCACAGGCCCCGCAGGGGCGUCGCGACGAGCGGGGGCGACGCCCGGGUCUCGCUGGGGCGGCGCGACGCACAGGAGCCGCGCCUCGCGGGUCCCGCAGGGGCGUCGCGAAGAGGUAGGGGCGACGCGCGGGUCCCGCAGGGGUGUCGCGACAAGGCGGGGAGGGACGUGCGGGUCCCGCAAGGGCGUCGCGAAGAGGCAGGGGGCGAUGCGCGGGGCCUGCAAGGGCGUCGCGAAGAGGCAGGGGGCAACGCGCGGGGCCCGCAAGGGCGUCGCGAAGAGGUAGGGGCGACGCGCGGGUCCCGGCGGGCUGCAGCCGCCGGAGUGCAGCAGCCGUGGCGCGCGGGGUACAGCCUGCGCGCGAGCGUCGGCCUACGGGCGGCGGUGGCCUACGGGCGACGUACGGGCGCCCUACGGGCUGCGUAA